UAUAAAUAUCUGCAGGGAUUUACAAUGGAAGCAACUUUGCCGGAUGAUGUUUAUCUUCCUAAAGGAAUCUAUCUUGAAGAAGGUGAUUGGUUUGAGAUAUAUAAUUUCAAAUUAAGGCCUUCUUUUGCGUUGAUAAGAACAACAAGGAGCAAAUACAAUAUUAAGUUCACAGACACAACAGUUCUUACAAAGAUUGAACCCAUCAUUGCUUCAAAUUUUCUUUGCCUUGCCAACUUCAGUUCUGUACUCAAAGGUCUAUUGCAUCCAAUGUAUUCUAUUGACCUUUGUGGAGCUAUAGUUGCUGUGGGGGAGUUGCAACAAAUUGGAGAUCUAGGACCUGACGAGAUUUAUUCUUAUCAGACGACCAGGAUGGAGUUUUAUUUGGUUAACAUAGGCUUGAAGCACAUCAAGUGUGUUGCCUAUGGAAAGGAAGCCGUGACUUUGAACAAUUACUACCGUACCUCAACUGCUAAAGUCGAUCUGUGUGUUUUGAGGUCAUGGAGUAUCGUGUGGGGAGAAGGUGGCUUCAACUAUGUAACUAACCUAGAAGGUGGUUCUCAAAUCUUAUUUGAUCAUGACAUGGCAGAAAUUCAAAACUUCAAAUCAAAGAUUCCUACCACAGAAUUAUGAAUUCAGACAUGGAGAGUUGAUCAAACUUGAAUGCUUUUUUUCUUUUAAUUCAUACCCUAUUUACAUUUUAUAUCUAUGUUUUGUGUUUCAGAAUCUUGCUAUAGAACAAUUUAUUUUAAGUUUUAUAAUUAUGCAUCUUAAUAAAAUUAUUGAGCUUUUUAGUUAUAAUCGUUUAUAUAUUAUUUUUCGAUCAAAGUUUUCUAUUGUUUUAAAUAUAAUUAGACGAUACCUGGGAAAAGAGUUUUCGAGUUGAAACAUACUAGAGCAAAUGAAUAGAAUCUUGCUGGCAAUCUGGGCUCGAAGAUGCUUAUUGACGCCGACUCGCCGAUGGUCACACACAGUAGAUCAAAUGACUACGCUGCCGACCCGGAAAUCAUCACGCCCUCUGCGACUUCUCACCUUCCUUGCUUGGCAAUCUACAACCUACUGGAUCUGGAAUGAGAUAAACGCCCGAUUGCACUCGAACACCUUCUGAUCAAUUGAAACUCUCUUGCGCUUCAUUGAUCUCCAAAUCUGGAGCAAAACUCAAAGCUUCAGAGAAUCAAAUCCUCGACUCUCUUCCGCCAUGUUGCAGUCAUAGAUCUGUCUUUGUUGAAUGUUUCCAUCACUUCUUCGUUAUGAUCGCUGGUCAAUUUCUCCAUGUCUCGAAAAUUGCUUCUUUUUUUUAACACUAUGUCUCGAUAAUUCUAAAAGUCGUUCUUUUGCUUCUAUUCAAAUGGGUUGUGGGCUUGGGGGCGUGGGUUUGGGGGCCUAGAAAGUUCUUUAAUUGCAUAGCUACAAUAAAGCUGAAAGGCUUUAAACA